AGAUUUUAGUUCUGGGUUUCCAAGAUUACAUCAUAAUUCAUGUGGAACUGCCAGGCUAGACCAGGGGUUCCCACAUGUUCGUGCCCUGACCCAUCAAAGCUUCUAGCGGUUUCUUGGGCCACAGCCCAGACUUAAACGACAUACCAGUAAUCUGUCAUCACUGGGACCAUUGGCUUGGCCCAGCACAAUUCGGCGCUCAAGGACUGAGCCGCCCAUCCCCGCUCUGGGUAUUAAGGCUAAUGUCUCCUAUUGUGGUGUGUGUGUGUAGGCCUAAUGGCCUAACAUGGCCUAAUAUGCACUGUAUGUGACCAACCACCUCGAUUCGGUCUUAUGUAGCAAAAUUUCAAAUGGUGAUUUUUACGUUGGAUUUAAGUAGACUCAGAGCUAGUAAAUGGUAAAUCAUACACUACAGUUGAGGAACAACGGGAAAGUAAUUCUGCUUUGAAAGUUGAUAAACUUGUAACCCCACUUUUGAGAAAAUGGACCUUGAAUAUUUUGAUACACUUACUGGAGAGCUCUUCUUUGUCUACACCCAUUCAGCAUUGUUCACACCCUCUUAAGCCUUAGUCCCACCCAUCGCUUUAAGGAUUCAAUGAGGCCAUGUGCUAAACAGAGUGAUUACGGUAGUGUACUAAACAACCAAAGAUUUCAAGACUAAAGGCUGGUUUAUACUACUUCUAUCCACAUGUAUGUAUUUUAUUUUAUUUUUUUAUUUUUAUUUUAUUUUACCGUUAUUUUACCAGGUAAGUUGACUGAGAACACGUUCUCAUUUGCAGCAACGACCUGGGGAAUAGUUACAGGGGAGAGGAGGGGGAUGAAUAAGCCAAUAAGCCAAUACAGUUGCCACAGUGACAUCAUGAACAUUCUAUUGUCAUCCGACAUCAAAACGACAGGCUGCAUGACAUCAGCAGCCUGCUGGUUCAAAAUAGUAUAACUGGUGUAUUUUAACACUAAUAAACCCAUCUGUUUAAAAUAGAAUUUAGUUUAUGUCAAUCUAGCAAACCAGGCAACUAAAACCAACUUUCUAAACAGUGUUUUGGUUUGAUUCUCGCUUGUUAGCUGGCUAGCUAAUAUUAAGUUAGCCAGUUCAAAUAAAGACCAUAUCAUAUAGCUGACAACGUCUUAACGAGCUAAUUUCUAUUCAUUAUUACAGGAAAAUAAACUCACAACAAGAUCAUAAUUUAGAAGUUAAUGUCGAGCUAAUUACAGAAAAUAGCUUAUGGUUUUGAGUGUGACAAAAUAAAAGCAGGGUAUUCUACUGGAUAAUUUUAGAACUUGGACACUGUCUCAGUGACCUAACAUUAUAUCCUAAUUUGACUUUGGUGCAAGUCAUGUUCUUCACCUGACCGACUCUGGUAAACACACACUAUAUAUAAAAUAAAUCUCAAUGUAUUUGUCACAUGCACAGGAUAGAGAAGGUGUAAACGGUACAGUGAAAUGGUUGCUUGCAUAGUCUUUUGUUUAGACAUGGAGCUAGAUAGCUAGCUAGCUAAACAAUGAACCAUAAUCCCAACUCAUAACGUUACUUCCUUGCAUGAAUCUACAGGUAGCUAAAGCUAACCAACUAGGUUCAAUGUUAGCUAGCUAGCUAAUAUUAGACAAUAACUAGCAAUGCAAAUGACUCUGAGAUACAAAUAAUAUUACUACACAGAUCACGUGUAAAGUUAGCUAGCGAGACAGCCAGCUAACAUUAGCUAGCUAACAGUACGCCUUAACUUACAAUGAAAAUGACUUUCUGACAAAAUUUUCAACAUAAUAUCUGAAAAUGUAGCUAGCUAGACUCUCUUACCCGUAUACAUGGAUGAACGCUUCUCCCUCUGUCACGGAUGCUAUGGUUGCCUUUAGUUUGAAGAUAUAAUCCGGAGACAGGUGUUUUAUAUUUGCAAUCAAACGCAGAAUUUUUUUCCCAUCUCGUUAGCUAUCAUACUCUGCUUCCACCGGGCAUUCCACUGUUUUCAAAACUCGGUCCUCCAGAAAGUGGAGAGCAUUAGCAACACUUUUGCAGUUCUUCAUGAUAUCUUUCCAAAAAGCUGCGUUAGAAAGGAUUCCCUACACAUAUUGAGCAGCUCGUGUUAUAGACAAAAGCGUGCUACAUGGCAGACCAAUCCUCUCAUCUCUCGGCAUGUCUAGACCAUCCAUUAUCUCAGCCAAUCAUGGCUAGUUCCAAUCUGCCUCUAGAAGCAACGUCAGCACAAGAACUGUUCGUCGGGAGCUUCAUGAAAUGGGUUUCCAUGGGCGAGCAGCCGCACACAAGCCUAAGAUUGCCAAGCGUCGGCUGGAGUGGUGUAAAGUUUUCCGCCAUUGGACUCUGGAGCAGUGGAAACGUGUUCUCUGGAGUGAUGAAUCACGCAUCACCAUCUGGCAGUCUGAUGGACGAAUCUGGUUUUGGUGGAUGCCAGGAGAACACUACCUGCCCCAAUGCCUAGUGCCAACUCUAAAGUUUAGUAGGAGGAAUAAUGGUCUGGGGCUGUUUUUCAUGGUUCGAGCUUGGCCCCUUAGUUCCAGUGAAGGGAAUUCUUAACACUACAGCAUACAAUUACAUUCUAGACAAUUCUGUGCUUCCAACUUUAUGGCAACAGUUUUGGGAAGGCCCUUUCCUGUUUCAGCAUUACAAUGCCCCUGUGCACAAAGCGAGGUCCAUACAGAAAUGGUUUGUCGAGAUCGGUGUGGAGAAACUCGACUGGCCUGCACAGAGCCCUGACCUCAACCUCAUCGAACACCUUUGCGAUGAAUUGGAACGCUGACUGCGAGCCAAGCCUGAUCGCCCAACAUCAGUGCCCGACCUCACUAAUGCUGUUGUGGGUAAAUGGAAGCAUAUCCCUGCAGCAAUGUUCCAACAUCUAGUGGAAAGUGGAGGCUGUUAAAACAGCAAAAGGGGGACCAACUCCAUAUUAAUGCUCAUGAUUUUGGAAUGAGAUAUUCGAUGAGCAGGUGUCCACAAACAUUUGCUCAUGUAGUGUAGGUGCUGAAAUAUGGAUAAUGCUGCAUGGUGUGUUGGUUGAUUAGUCUUACAUUUUUGAUAUGAUCACGAUAAUUGAAUGUGUUUCUACGUGAGGCAUUGGCUGGACACGUGAGGUAGAAUGUGUGUGUGGGUUUUGUCUGUUGCUUCUUACCUUUCAAUAGUUCUCUCUGUCUGUAUAUGGGGCUACUUGUGAGCCUUUCAGAGAGAAGCUGUGUAUGUGUGUGUGUGUGUGUGUGUGUGUGCGUUGGUGUAUUUGUCCAUGUGUAUGUGGGAGAGAGGUAUCAUAUUUCAUGUCUGUAGUUUGAAUUGAGGAAGUCUCAUGUCAGAGCGGCAGCAUCAGUUUCCGCUGUGACUGAGCCUCUAAAGGAGGAAGAGAUUAGCGGAAGGGGAGCACUUCCUUUAAACCAGCCCCUUCGACCGCCCCUUUCUCUCCCUGGUGCUCUCUCCGUCGCCUCUCCCCUACAAACACACAGAAGCCUUAGACUGAGGCCUUGGGUAACUCCCCUGGAUAACCAGCCACUGAAGUCUGAAGGGACAGGCUUAGUGCUGAACACUCUCUACUCCACAGAAAGGACAGAGUAGCUUCACCGACUCAAGCCGAGCCAGCUUCAGGUCAACUGGACCCUGAGGACUAACAUAUUGUGUGUUUGUGCUACUAGUGCUGGUAGCAGAUCUCUCUGUCUCUUUCCUGGCCUGACAGGGUCACACAGCUCUCAGUACGCUCCUCUCAUGCUGACUGAGAAUGGAUAACGUUCAGAACGGGGUUCAGAUCGGAGACAAAAAGUUCAUCAGCAAGGCAACAGUCCUGUCCCACCUCAAAACCUACAACCUCUAUUAUGAUGGACAGAACCUGCAGUUGAGACACAGAGAGGAGGAAGGGGAGCUGAUCGUGGAGGGUUUGCUGAAUAUCUCCUGGGGCCUGCGUCGACCUAUUAGAUUGCAGAUGCAGGACGAUCACGAGCGAAUCAGACCUCCUCCCUCCUCUACCUCCUGGCACUCCGGCUGUGCCCUGGAUAAUCAGAGUAGCAACGAAGGUACCCAGCAGAUCCCGCCCACCAUAGAAGUGACAGAGCACGAAAGCCAAUCAGAGGACAGCAUUGUGAAGGAGGAUGAGGAAGAAGAGGAAUAUGAGAGCUCCGCCCAGCUGCUGAGGACGAAGAGCGAUGCAGGGGUUCUGAGACGGGGCCAGCGCCGGUCGCCUAGCGACCAGAGAAGGUUACGACGACACCGCUUCUCCAUCAACGGACACUUCUACAAUCACAAGACUGCAGUCUUUACUCCAGCGUAUGGUUCAGUGACUAACGUGCGGAUCAACAGUUGUAUGACCACGCCUCAGGUGCUGCGAGUGCUACUUAACAAGUUUAAGAUUGAGAACAGCCCAGAUGACUUUGCGCUGUAUCUUGUACACACAAGCGGGGAGCGUGUGAAGCUGAAGCGCAGUGACUACCCCCUGGUGCUGCGUGUGCUUCAGGGUCCAUGUGAACAGGUUAGCAGAAUCUUCCUGAUGGAGCAGGACCUGGGAGAGGAAGUCACCUAUGACGUGGCACAGUAUAUUAAGUUUGAGAUGCCGGUGCUGCAGAGUUUCAUCACCAAGCUGAUGGAGGAAGAGGACCGGGAGGUGCAGAAACUCAGGAGCAGGUAUGCAUAUCUGCGGUGUAUCAUAGAGAAGCAGUUGCAUUGUCUUCCUGAGGGGACCACCUGUAUGUGACCUGGUUUAGGGAGGGUCAACCACAUCUUCACAAAACCUUCCCAAGAUCUCCCAGACCUGUUCAGCUACCCCUCCCUUCCCCUGACUCCGUCCCAAGCACAAAACAGGAGUGACCAAGAACCACCCAGAGGAGAGGCACCCAUUCCAACCUCGCCUUAUUAUCUUUCAAGACCUCCGUAGGGACAGUGUACACAUUGUGAAGCAUGCCACCCUCUUUCCUGAUUCCUGCUGUUUUUGUCCAUACCAUUUACAGACAGUACAUGCCCACUGAACACAGAAGUCUGUUCAACUUCUAGUUUUGAAUUACAUCUGACUGAGUUGUCAACUAACGUCAAUUCAACUUGAAAUUAACAAAAAAAAUGUAUAGGUGGUUGAAAAAAAGACUAAAUGCUCUUACAUUGAUUACUUUUUGCAAAUCCAGUUGGUUUUCCACUGUAAUUCAACGUCAUCCCGUUGAUUUGGGGGGUUGAAAUGACAUGGAAACAACACUGAUUCAAUCGUUUUUUGCCCAGUGGGUAUCCUCUUUGCCAUCCCAAUCCCUUUCUAACAUACCUGCCCCUCUGUAGUGUUAUCUGCAUAACUGUACCAUGUCAGCAAUAAUAAUGGUUUGUGGGGAAGGUGAAGGCUGGCACUUUUCAUAUGGGGGCCUGUAUGGAGCAUUGAGCCUGCCCCAUGAGCCUGCCCCAUCAUACCACUCGGAUGCACAAGAAUUUAAAGCACAAAACCAGCUUUCUUAGUUCUUUUGAGCUAGACAGCACUCGAUCUCUCGCUCUCUUUCCCUCUAAUUUUCCUUUCAACAAUUUUGCCACCUGCAGAUAACUAAACUUGUCUCACCUUUUACAUCUCUCUCAAAACCAGAACAUACCUCAGACUCAGUGACAUCACACGCUAGAUGAGUUUCUCAGCCAGUCAGUGAGGGAGUUGAAUGACUCCUGUCCAGUGACAGUAUGUGAUGUUGAAACGUGCCUGUCCCCAGUGUGUUGCAGGACUCUCUUUAUGAUCAGCUCUAGUGAGUCUGUAACUGUAAUGUAACUUCAUGAUUGUCCACAGUUAAUCUGAAACCACCACCUAACCUGUUCUAUUGGAUGUCAAAAACAUGUAAACAUUUCUGUUACCUGUGUGUUAUGCCUCGAUCAGACUGACAGCGUCAUUGCAUCAAUGCUGCGUGAGAAAUUUUGCUGUCAAACUUUUUUCAUUAUGUAAUCCAAUGUGUGCAAGAUGUGUGCAACAAACGUUCAUUCACCUUUUGCUACUAUUUCUGUCAAGUCUACUCAUACAAUUUGAUGCAUAUGUUGGAUUUAUCCAACAUCUGCACCACACAGAACACAGAAACUGCCUCUGCAACACAAUGCUGCAAGGCAAACGCUGCGUUCCAUUGGAAAUGAACGUACUUCUGGUGUACCAAAACGCAACGACGCUGUCGCUCAGAACUGGGGUUUUUUCAUCUAUUAUUUUAACCUUUAUUUAACUUGGCAAGUCCGUUAAUAAUGUUAGCCUUGCUUGCCAGGGUUAUAAUCCCGUGAUGUGAUAUGAUCUGUGUGUCUACAAACACCUGGAGACUGAAGCACAAAACAGAGAGAGGACCAGAGUUCCUUAAGAUUAUGAAUUAUGUAGAUGAUGGAUCAACUACAAUAGCUCAAACGAGGGAAUGUUGUGUGUGUGCACGCAUAUCUAAAGCAGUACUUAGUUGCCUUGUAGAUAUUGAUCUGUGUGUGUGUAUGACUGCAUACAGGACUUUGAGAUAUGGUACAUUAAUUCUGUUACACCUACACUACUGGUCAAACGUUUUAGAACACCUACUCAUUAAAGGGUUUUUCUUUAUUUUUUUACUAUUUUCUACAUUGUAUAAUAAUAUUGAAGACAUUAAUACUAUGAAAUAACACAUGGAAUCAUGUAAAUAAAUGGAAUCAUGUAGUAACCAAAAAAGUGUUAAACAAAUCAAAAUAUAUUUGAGAUUUGAGAUUCUUCAAAUAGCCACCCUUUGCCUUGAUGACAGCUGUGCACACUCUUGGUAUUCUCUCAACCAGCUUCACCUGGAAUGCUUUUCCAACAGUCUUGAAGGAGUUCCCACAUAUGCUGAGCACUUGUUGGUUGCUUUUCAUUCACUCUGCGGUCCCAACUCAUCCUAAACCAUCUCAAUUUGGUUGAGGUCGGGGGAUUGUGGAGGCCAGGUCAUCUGAUGCAGCACUCCAUCACUCUCCUUCUUGGUAAAAUAGCCCUUACACAGCCUGGAGGUGUGUUGGGUCAUUGUUCUGUUGAAAAACAUAUUAUACUCCCACUAAGCCCAAAUCAGAUAGGAUGGCUUAUCGCUCCAAAAUGCUGUUGUAGCCAUACUGGUUAAGUGUGCCUUGAAUUCUAAAUAAAUCACAGACAGUGUCACCAUCAAAGCACCCCCACACAAUAACACCUCCUCCUCCAUGCUUCACUGUGGGAAAUACACGUGCGAGAUCAUGCGUUCACCCACACCGCGUCUUACAAAGACAUGGCGGUUGAAACCAAAAAUCUCCAAUUUAGACUCCAGACCAAAGGACAAAUUUCCACCGGUCUAAUGUCCGUUGCUCGUGUUUCUUGGCCCAAGCAAGUCUCUUCUUCUUAUUGGUGUCCUUUAGUAGUGGUUUCUUUGCAGCAAUUCGACCAUGAAGGCCUGAUUCACACAGUCCCCUCUGAACAGUUGAUGUUGAGAUGUGUCUGUUACUUGAACUCUGUGAGGAAUUUAUUUGGGCUGCAAUUUCUGAGGCUGGUAACUAAUGAACUUGUCCUCUGCUGCAGAGGUAACUCUGAGUCUUCCUGUCCUGUGGUGGUCCUCAUGAGAGCCAGUAUCAUCAUAGUGCUUGAUGGUUUUUGCGACUGCACUUGAAGAAACUUUCAAAGUUAUUGAAAGUUUCCGUAUUGACUGACCUUCAUGUCUUAAAGUAAUGAUGGCCUGUCGUUUCUCUUUGGUUAUUUGAGCUGUUCUUGCCAUAAUAUGGAUUUGGUAUUUUACCAAAUAGGGCUAUCAUCUGUGUACCCCCCCUACCUUGUCACAACACAACUGAUUGGCUCAAACACAAUAAGAAGAAAAGAAAUUCCACAAAAUAACUUUUAAGAAGGCACACCUGUUAAUUGAAAUGCAUUCCAGGUGACUACCUCAUGAAGCUGGUUGAGAGAGUGCCAAGAGUGUGUAAAGCUGCCAUCAAGGCAAAGGGUGGCUAUUUGAAGAGUCUUGAAUAUAACAUAUAUUUUGACUUAACACUUUUUUGGUUACUACAUGAUUCCAUAUGUAUUUCAUAGUUUUGAUGUCUUCACUAUUAUUCUACAAUGUAGAAAAUAGUACAAAUAAAUAAAAAACCUUGAAUGAGUAGGUGUUCUAAAACUUUUGACCGGUAGUGUAUAUCUACCCUCAGCUUUUAAAAGGUUGCUGUAUAUUGUUUGUGAGCGCUUGUGUGCGUGCAUGCAUAUAUGUUUGUCAUUUAAAUUUCUAUUGCUCUUUCAAGACUGACACGUUUAUUUCAUGAUAGCUGUUUAGCUGUUGUAAUGUUGCAUUCUGACUAAGCGCUCCUUUUUUUGAGGACACCCUUUUCAAAGUCAAAGACAUGCCACUAUUUGGAAAUGUAGUAUUUUUACAAGAAUUAUUAUUAUUUAAUAAAGAGUUAUCUUGAA